GGAAUUACUGGGGAGAGAGCUGUAGACCAACUUACCACUGAACCCAUUACUUUUCCAAGAUCAGGAAAACAUUAACUGUAACAGGCACCAUUCCUCAUUCAGAUAAGAAUUCAAGCUUUGACAUAGUAAACCACAGACGAAUUGGAGCCUGGCAUUCAACACUGAAGGGAGGUGUUCUGCAACAAUUUUUUUUACUUGCUUAAAGAAGUUGACUACUCCAGGAGGGAAUCUGAAAGAUGACAGGAGCGAAGAGGAACAAGAAAAGCAUGCGGUGGAGCAGGAUGCAUACUCCCCACUGUGAAGACAUCAAACAGUGGUGCAAAAGGCGGCUCCCUAUUUUGGACUGGGCACCACAGUACAGUCUGAAAGAAAACCUGCUUCCGGACACUGUGUCUGGGAUAAUGCUGGCAGUUCAACAGGUAACACAAGGAUUGGCUUUUGCUGUUCUCUCAUCUGUGCACCCAGUGUUUGGUUUAUAUGGGUCUCUGUUUCCUCCCAUCAUUUAUGCCAUAUUUGGAAUGGGACGUCAUGUUGCCACAGGAACCUCUGCUUUGACUUCCUUAAUUUCAGCCAAUGCUGUGGAACGGCUGGUCCCACAAAGCAGCCGAAACCUUACCACACAGAGUAAUUCAAGUGUGCUGGGUUUCUCUGACUUUGAGCUACAGAGGAUUGGUGUUGCUGCAGCAGUGUCCUUCUUAGGAGGUGUGAUCCAGGUGGCCAUGUUUGUGUUACAGCUGGGCAGUGCCACAUUGCUGCUCACAGAGCCAGUGAUUAGUGCAAUGACAACUGGAGCUGCCACCCAUGUUGUGACUUCACAAAUCAAGUAUCUCUUGGGCAUAAAAAUGCCGUAUAUAUCUGGACCACUUGGAUUCUUUUAUAUUUAUGCUUAUGUCUUUGAGAACAUAAAGUCUGUCCAACUGGAAGCCCUGCUCUUAUCUUUACUGAGCAUUGCUGUCCUUGUCCUUGUUAAAGAGCUGAAUGAACAAUUUAAAAGGAAAAUUAAAGUUGUUCUUCCUAUUGAUUUAGUUUUGAUUAUUGCGGCAUCAUUUGCUUGCUAUUGUACCAACAUGGAAAACACGUACGGAUUAGAAGUAGUUGGUCAUAUUCCAAAAGGAAUUCCUCCACCGCAAGUGCCUCCCCUGAACAUCCUCUCUGCAGUUCUCACCGAAGCCUUUGGAGUGGCGCUUGUAGGCUAUGUGGCCUCAUUGGCUCUUGCUCAAGGAUCUGCCAAAAAAUUCAAAUAUUCAGUUGAUGACAACCAGGAAUUUUUGGCGCAUGGCCUCAGCAAUGCGAUUCCUUCGUUUUUCUUCUGUAUACCAAAUGCUGCUGCCUUGGGGAGGACGGCUGGCCUGUACAGCACAGGAGCCAAGACACAGGUGGCUUGUCUAAUAUCUUGCAUUUUCGUCCUUAUAGUCAUCUAUACAAUAGGACCACUGCUGUACUGGCUGCCCAUGUGUGUCCUUGCAAGCAUUAUUGUUGUGGGACUGAAAGGAAUGUUAAUACAGUUCCGGGAUUUAAAAAAAUAUUGGAAUGUGGAUAAAAUUGACUGGGGCAUCUGGAUCAGUACUUACAUAUUUACUAUAUGCUUUGCUGCCAAUGUGGGCUUGCUGUUUGGUGUUGUCUGCACCAUAGCUAUUGUGAUAGGACGCUUCCCAAGAGCAAAGACUUUAAGUAUGAAAGCCAUGAAAGACAUGGAAUUUAAAGUGAAGACAGAAAUGGAUGAUGAAACCUUGCAACAGGUAAAAAUCAUCUCAAUAAACAAUCCACUUGUUUUCUUGAAUGCAAAGAAGUUUAAUUCUGAUCUCAUGAACAUAAUCCAAAAAGACAGUGACAGCAACCAGCCACUUGAUGAUGCCAGCAAGUGUGAACAGAAUACCUUGCUCAAUUCUCUAUCCAAUGGCAACUGCAAUGAAGAAGCUUCCCCGCCCUGCCUCCAUGAGAAGUGUUCUGUGAUCCUGGAUUGUAGUGGCUUGACCUUUUUUGACUAUUCUGGAGUUUCCAUGCUCGUUGAGGUUUACAUGGACUGUAAGAGCAGGAACGUGGAAGUAUCAUUAGUUAAUUGCACAGCUUCCUUGAUAAAAGCCAUGACUUACUAUGGAAACCUAGACUUAGAGAAACCACUUUUUUUUGAAUCAAUAUCUGCUGCACUAAGUAACAUCCACUCAAGUAAGAAUCUGAGCAAACUCAACGAUCACAGUGAAGUCUGAGACCCACUUACUAAAGUCCACAUCAUGUCUUAGCUAUCGUUUUGAAAGGGUCAAAUAUCAGGGCACAUAUUUUUGCAUAUAGAUCCUGAACAUGACCUCUAUUACAAUGAGAAUGAUGUGAGUUAAUAACUGUAUAGCCACUGGUCAAGAUUUGCUGGCAAGUUUAUUUUUUCCUAAUUUUUCUUAAUAAGCAGAGUCAUUUAGUUAUCUCAUGUAGAAACCAGUAUUCAUUUAGCUUUAGUGACUGGAAGGUACACAAAAUUUUAUUUGCUUUUGUCACACACUAUUUGUGUUGUUUUAUUUCUAUUUUGCUAUGAGCUAACUUUAUAACCUGAGAAAUACUUUUGCUAUAAGUGAUUCAGAAUACAUACAAGUCAUUUGUAACAAUUCAAGAUCAUCUCUAAAUAGUACAUAGGAACAUAUUCCUAUAGCAUUUCCCUCAAAGCUAUUCAAACAUAAGUAAAGUUAUCACUUUAUAUAGUAGAAUAUGAAAUUCAUAGAAAUGAAGCUCUAAAACACAGUAAAUAGAAGUUAUUGGUAUUGUUACCCUUCAAUACAAUCAUUCCUGAAGUAUUCAAGUAUUUUCUUAUAUUUGGAAGAAAACUGGCAUCUCAAUAAAACCAAGUUCUUGACAUUGGUUUGUUUGAUUGUGAAUAUUGUAAAUGCUUCAGAUAUUAAGUCAUUUAGCUCUAAUUUCUAUAUUGCCACGUACGAGAUGUUCUGUUUUCUGCUUUAUUUUAUUGCAAUUAGAGAAUAUAGAAACUUCACAUCUUACAUUUUUCCAUAAGUAUGAUUUUUAAAAUGAUAAACUACCACUAUAAUAGCCUUACAGUAUUCCAGCAAAAGAUUAGAUAGUAAUAAUGGUGUGUUUUCUUAUUUCAGAGAUUCAAUCUAUAGAAAGAUGGAUGGAUAAAUAACUAGAUACUGUAUUCUUUUAUAAUUUUGUAAGAGGAGCGCUUGGAUAUGAUUAUCUAUAAAUUCACCAAACCAAUAGAGUAAUUACUAAUAUCAAUGACAUGGCUGAACUAUAUGUUAUUGUUGUCAAGCUUGUACAUGCAUUUUUAUUUGCAUAUGAGCACAGAACUCCACAUUUUAUCUAACAAAUUGAUUUACAUAAGAAGCUAUUUCAUUUUCAAAAUAGACAUACAUGCAAUUAUUCUUAAUGGUGUUUCAACAGUUCUAGAAACCAGCAUUAUAAGUAAAAAGCCAGGUGUUUCAAAGUGGUUAAAGUAAGGUUUUAGAAGCAAGUUGAAAAUAAAUAAAAGAUCAACCUUUUAAUGGUUUUAAUGGGCAUCUGCAAGAGUGAAUUGUAAGUGCUGUCCAAGUGAGAUUGACAUUCUCUUAGCAAAUGUGUGGUCAGCAUUCACACGAACCUUUUUUUUUUUU